AAAAAAAAAAAAAACAGCUUGCCUGUGUGCCCCCGCUGUUUUACGAUUUAAACACUCCUUAAAUCAUAUAAGAUACAAAAAUAAAAACACAGACGGGACGGCGGAGUUGUCCCUUUUUUUCGUCAUUGUCUUGUCUCCGCCCGCCAGAGAGGAUAAUCGCCGGAGCUUGUGUUUGCACGGAUCCCCAAUGAUGAGUUAUGCUGAAAAGCCAGAAGACAUCACGAAAGAAGAGUGGAUGGACAAAUUAAACAAUGUUCAUAUACAGAGGGCGGAUAUGAAUCGGCUCAUUAUGAAUUACCUGGUGACAGAGGGAUUCAAAGAGGCUGCGGAGAAGUUUCGGAUGGAGUCUGGGAUCGAGCCAAGUGUGGACCUGGACUCUUUGGAUGAACGGAUAAAGAUUAGAGAGAUGAUCCUGAAGGGACAGAUACAGGAAGCUAUUGCACUCAUCAACAGCUUACACCCGGAGCUGCUUGACACCAAUCGAUACUUGUAUUUUCAUCUGCAGCAGCAACAUUUGAUUGAGUUAAUCAGGCUAAGGGAGACUGAGUCAGCGCUGGAGUUUGCCCAGACACAGCUGGCCGAGCAGGGGGAGGAGAGCCGCGAGUGUCUGACAGAGAUGGAGAGAACAUUAGCCCUUCUGGCCUUUGACAACCCAGAGGAGUCACCCUUCGGAGACCUGCUUAACAUGAUGCAACGACAAAAGGUGUGGAGUGAGGUGAACCAAGCUGUGCUGGACUAUGAAAACAGAGAGUCGACGCCCAAACUGGCUAAACUCCUGAAGUUGCUGCUGUGGGCACAGAAUGAGCUGGACCAGAAGAAGGUGAAAUACCCCAAAAUGACUGACCUUAGCACGGGCACCAUCGAGGACCCCAAGUGAAGAUAACAGACAAGAACAACCACCUUCCACGUCCCCUUAAUUUAUGAUCAGUCAGUGACUGUGUGACAACCAGGUAACAUAUAUGUAUAAACAAAUGCUACGUUGUUUUUUUUUUUUCAUGUUUCAUUCAUGAGAGGUUAAGACUUAACUCAUUGUGCAAACUGUAAAUUGCUGUAUUUGCAAAUUGACAGAAAUUAUUUAGUUUAAAUACUGAAUCCUGGAUUUUUAGAUAGAUCUUGGAGACAAGAAAACUCAAAUUGCUGUUUUAUAUUUUGUCUUUCUAAAGCCUAAGCCAAUAGUAUUAUUUAUUGUGACCGUUGUCCCCAACCAAGACUUUAUUUUGCCAGAAAGAGAGUUGAUGGUUUAAAUGAACAUUGUUAAUACUGUAGCUUGUGUGUGUGUGUGUGUGUGUGUGUGUGUGUGUGUGUGUGUGUGUGUGUGUGUGUGUAUGUGUGUGUGUGUGUGUGGAGCCCAAAGCUUGGUUCCACAGGAUGGAGGGGAGUACAGCUGUAAAGGUUUAAACUUUGAAACAGCAGGCACACAAUCGCCCUUUUUAUAAGUGAAGAUGUGUUUAGACUGAGAUGACACACUGCAAGAGUCUAGAUCAGAAAUAAAUUUAAAUUUCAUACACAAAAAUGUGAGUAUUUUUCAAUUAAAUGGAAAGACACACUUUAUUAAUGUAAUAUAGUUUUAAUUAAUAUAACAUUUCAUCGAUUUUUGUUUAGUAUCACUUGCUUUCUACACUUUUUGAAAUUUGAUUGUACCUUUACAGUAUGUCUAUGGGAUGAACUGCCUUUGCAAAAUGAUCAUUUCUUGAGUGUUUGAGAGGGUUGAAAUAAGUCCUGACUGACGGGUUGAAAUCAGAGAUGGCUUUCUGACUGAGUUUAACACCUUUUUUUCUGAGUCUAAAGAAUGCACGGCCCCCAAAACAUGCUCCAAACGGUUGUGGAUGGGUUUUAUGUUAAAAGGGGUUGAGGUCAGGAUAACGUUCUGCCCCCCGGAAGGGGGAUUUAUACGCUGCUCGAGAGAAAGGGCUGCUCCGAUAAAGAAAUGCGAAUGAGUGACGGGGGCCAAAUACUACAACUCUCUAGUUAGAGAACUCAUAUAAUUAAAAUCUAUUCAGACCUAUUCUUCUGUUCAUUGGCUUUGUUUUUGCAAUUAACAAUGAUCAAAAGCAGGCAUUUUAAAAACAGUCACAGAACUUCCUGUCCAUUUUGCCACUUAUCAGUAUUUUCAAUUCAACUGCAUGUAAGUUUAUCUUCUUUUUUUUCAAUGGGGAAAGGCACUUGUGCUUGUUUUAUUUUAUUUGGUUUGUUUACUUUUUAUAAAAAAAAAAAAACAAACUUGCUGCUAGUUGUCCAUCCUUAAUUUCUUUUAAGGUUGUAUUGUCUUUAUAGAUAUUGGCUUUGUCAAAUACUGAGACCCAGAGUGCUCACAUCCCUUUUAUUAUUCAACAUUUUUAAGAUCAGAUUUGCAAUUAUUAAAAUAAACAAAACUUUUGUGAACCAUACAA